CACCUCCUCCCAAGUUCAGAAGCGACCCGCCAGGCACUGGAGCCCAAAUGAAGCCUUCGGCCCCCGGCCGCCCCUGGGGCCUCGCGCAGGUGCUGUUCUUGCUGCUGGCUGCCCUCCACACAGCGGCCGCCCAGAAGAAUGGCAUCAACAUCUACAGCCUCAGCGUGGACUCCAAGGUCUCGUCCAGAUUUGCCCACACCGUCGUCACCAGCAGGGUGGUCAACAGGGCCAGUGUUAUGCAGGAGGCUACCUUCCAGGUGGAGCUGCCCAAGAGAGCCUUCAUCACCAACUUCUCCAUGGUCAUCGGAGGUGUGACCUACCCAGGGAACAUCAAGGAGAAGGCUGCAGCCCAGGAACAGUACAGCGCGGCUGUGGCCAGGGGCGAGAGCGCUGGCCUUGUCAAGGCCAGCGGAAGAAAGACGGAGCAGUUCCAGGUGUCGGUCAGUGUGGCUCCCGCUGCCAAGGUCACCUUCGAGCUGGUGUAUGAGGAGCUGCUCAAGCGGUAUCUGGGAGCAUAUGAGCUGCUGCUGAAAGUCCAGCCCCAGCAGCUGGUCAAGCACCUUCAGAUGGACAUUCACAUCUUCGAGCCUCAGGGCAUCAGCUUUCUGGAGACAGAGAGCACCUUCAUGACCAACGAACUGGCAGACGCCCUCACUGUCUCGCAGAACAAGACCAAGGCUCACAUCCAAUUCAAGCCCACGCUCUCCCAGCAAAUGUCACCAGGGCAGCAGGACACAGUCCUGGAUGGCAACUUCAUCGUCCGCUACGAUGUGCACCGGACUGUCUCCGGGGGCUCCAUUCAGAUCGAGAGUGGCUACUUUGUGCACUACUUUGCCCCCGAAGGCCUGCCCACCAUACCCAAGAAUGUGAUCUUUGUCAUUGACAAAAGCGGCUCCAUGAGAGGCAGGAAGAUAGAGCAGACCCAGGAAGCCUUAAUCAAGAUCCUGGAUGACCUCAGCCCCAACGACCAGUUCAAUCUUGUCAGCUUCAGCGGGGAGGCGGCCCAGUGGAAGCCCUUGCUGGUGCCGGCCUCGGCCGAGAACGUGAACCAGGCCAGGAGCUAUGCUGACAGCAUCCAGACCCAAGGAGGGACCAACAUCAACGACGCAAUGCUGCUGGCCGUGCAGCUGCUGGACAGCGCCAACCAGAAGGAGCUGCUGCCAGAGGGGAGCGUCUCCCUCAUCAUCCUGCUCACCGACGGCGACCCCACCAUGGGGGAGACCAACCCUGCAAGGAUCCAGAAGAACGUGAAGGAAGCUAUAGAUGGCCAGUACAGCCUCUUCUGCCUGGGCUUUGGCUUCGACGUCAGCCUUGCCUUCCUAGAGAAGCUGGCGCUAGAUAACGGCGGCCUGACUCGGCGCAUCUAUGAGGACUCGGACUCCACCCUGCAGCUGCAGGACUUCUACCAGGAAGUGGCCAACCCACUGCUGACAGCGGUGACCUUUGAGUACCCCAGCAACGCGGUGGAGGAGGUCUCACGGGACAACUUCCGGCUGCUCUUCAAAGGCUCCGAGAUCGUCGUGGCCGGGAAGCUCCGGGACCAGAGCCCCGAUGUGCUCUCAGCCAAAGUCAGGGGGCAGCUGGGUCGGUCUGACCUGAGUUCUGGCUCUGUGCCUGCCAUGCUGGCCUUGGAGGGGCCCUCACUGCCCCUGCCCGGGCUGGGCCCCUCUUUCCAGCACAUGCAGAACAUCACCUUCCAAACGGAGUCCCGUGUGGCGGAGCAGGAGAACGAGUUCCAGAACCCCAAGUACAUCUUCCACAGCUUCAUGGAGAGACUCUGGGCAUACUUGACCAUCCAGCAACUGCUGGAGCAAAUGAUUUCGGCAUCCGAUGCUGAGAAACAGGCCCUCGAGACCCGAGCUCUGAGCUUGUCGCUCCACUAUAGCUUUGUCACUCCCCUCACAUCCAUGGUGGUCACCAAACCUGAAGGCAAAGAAUGGUCUGAAGUUGCUGAGAAGCCUGUGGAAACCAAAAACAAACACAAGAACUUCUACUUAGGUGGUCCACUCUCUAGAUUUCGUACCGCUGGAGACAGAAGGUCCAGAAUAACAGCUGGACCUUCCGGGAAGACACCUAGUGACCUAGGGAGAGCCAGACCACAGGGACCUCUUAGUCCUCCUCAUCCUCACCCACUUAUGGCUGGAAAAUCACUGCUACCGGACAUGUUGUUAGCCCCCUCCAUUCUUGACGAAGUGUUUCUUGGCGUGGAUUUAAGAGCCGGAGAUGCCCCCCAGGCCAGAGUCCCUGCAGUAGCUUCUGACCCUGUAACAAGGAGAAUCUGGGAGAGGAAAGCCUCGGGGAGCUCUACAGACUUGUCACAAUCAGCCAAGACAGCCUCACCCCCAGGUCAGUUGCCAGCCUCCCUCAGGCCUGGUGCCCUCCUUGUCCUCGUCUCCCAGCCUGCUCUACCUACCCUAGGAACCACAGCUGCUGUCCCAGCCGCCAUCCAGGCGCCUGCCGUCAUCCUGAUGCUGCCCAGACAGAGCGUGGCCCGCCUCUGUGUGGACAUCAAGCACUCUCAGGGGCCGAUGAACCUGCUCUCAGACCCUGACCAAGGGAUUGAGGUGACCGCCCAGUACGAGACAGAGAAGGCCCGGUUCUCGUGGAUCGAGGUGACCUUCAAGAACCCCCAGCUGCAGGUCCGUGCCAUCCCUGAGCACGUGGUAGUGACCCGGAACCGAAGAAACUUUGCCUACAAGUGGAAGGAGACGCUGUUCUCGGUGAUACCCGGCGUCAAGCUGACCAUGGACAAGGCGGGGCUCCUGCUGUUCAGCAGCCCGGACAGAGUGACCAUCGGCCUGCUACCCUGGGACGGCCCCGGGGAGGGGCUCCGGCUCCUUCUGCGGGACACCCACCGCUUCUCCAGCCGCGUUGGCGGGACCCUCGGCCAGUUUUACCAGGACGUGCUCUGGGGGCCUCCGGCAGCGGCAGAUGACAGCAAGCGAAUGCUGAGGGUUCAGGGCCUUGAGUACUCUGCCACCAGGUUGCUCAAGCUGGAUUACCAAGAGGGGUCUCCAGGAACAGAGAUUUCCUGCUGGUCCGUGGAGCUGUAGUUAUGAGGGAGGGGUGAAGCCCCCCCCCACCUCAUGCUGCACAAAGGUGUGUGGAGGACUGCCACCGUGUGACCCGAGGGCCGCCUGUGGGGCCUGGGCUGCGAUGGGGAGGAUAUUUUGACUCAUUACAAUAAAAACAGGUGCUGUAAGCCCAGGCAAUGGGCAUCUCUGCUUGCAUCUGGCUAAAUCCCACAUUA